AUGGCACCUGGGUGGGGAGGGUUGGCUGGGUCUGAGUUUCUGCUGCUCCUGCUCCCCGAGGAGUACAACCCGGUUGGCCCAGCAGUUCCUGUGGAGUGGGGAGCUGGGGGCUGUGGCGUCUCCAACACCCACACCAUGCCCCAGUUCCUGGCCAACUUGGGCCAAAAGGAGAUGCUGAACUUUGGAGGCCCUGCCCUGGAGUUGACCAGGCACUGCUAUGGCCUAGUCCUGCCAUUGUCCUGUUCUCUUCUGCCCUGGUAUUGUCGUGGCCCUGCCUGGGCCCUAGCCCUGCCUCGACUCUGGACCUGCCCUGACCCUGCUCAGCUCUGGAACUACCCUGACUCUGCCUUGGUGUUGGCCCUCGCCUCUCUAUGGCCUGGCUCUGGCCCUGCCUUGCACAGGCCAUGCCCUGCCCUGUGCGUCCUAGCCUGGGCCCAGCCCUGGUUCUACCGUGUUCCUGGCCCUGGCUGUACCGUUGUCCUGGCGCUGACCCUGCCCUGGCCCUGUCCUGGCCCUUCCUUGGUCCUUCCCUGCCCUUCCACACCCGGCCUUGCCCUCACCCUGCAUUGGCCCUGCACUGCCCUGGCACUGCCUUGGCCCUGGCCCUGCCUUCUCCCUGGCCUUGCCCUGGCCCUACCCUUGCCUGCCCCUGGGCCUCCCCUGUCCAUGACAUGGCCCUGGACCUGCCUUGUCAUCCUCUGCUCUGGCCAUACAUUGACCCCACCGUGCCUUGAUCCAGCACUUGCCCUGGCCGUGUGCCUAGUCCUGCCCCUGCUAUGGCCCUGCCCUGCUUUUGGCCAUGCCCUGUGCUACCCUAACCCUGCCCUAUCCUGGUUCUGACCUGGCCUUGGCCCUACCCUGGCCUUCUCCUACCCUGGCCUUGCCCUACCCUGUUCUUGCCGUGCCCUGGCCUUGGCUUUGCCUUGUCCUGGUCCUGAUUCUGUCCUGGCCCUGCCCUUGCUCUAG